UUUCACGGAGCCUGUUCUUUAGUGCAAUCAACACUGGAACAGAAGGAGCACUUGUAGUAGCCCUAUUUUUCUUUUCCAAAGCGAUUUACUGAAAACACCAACGAUGAAAUUCGUGAGAUUUAUAAUGAAAAAUGCUACAUUGGCCAAUGUGCCUAAACAUAUAGAACAUUUUGCAAAAUUUUCGCCGUCACCACUCUCUAUGAAACAAUUUCUCGAUUUUGGUUCCACCAAUGCAUGCGAGAAGACAUCAUUUGUCUUUUUGAGACAAGAGCUACCUGUGCGACUAUCUAACAUCAUGAAGGAGAUCAAUUUGCUACCUGACCGAUUGCUUACAACCCCAUCCGUGCAGAUGGUGCAGAGCUGGUAUGUCCAGAGCUUGAUGGAAAUCCUGGAGUUCUUGGACAAGACUCCUGACAACCACAGUGUCCUGGAUGAGUUUGUGGACACCCUGGUGAAUAUCAGAAACAGGCACAAUGACGUAGUGCCCACCAUGGCACAGGGCGUCAUUGAGUACAAGUCGGUGUUCGGCCAGGACCCAGUGACCAACCAGAACAUUCAGUACUUCCUGGACCGUUUCUACAUGAGCCGUAUAUCUAUCCGCAUGCUUAUCAACCAGCACACUCUUGUCUUUGAUGGAGCAACGAAUCCACUUCACCCCAACACAAUAGGGAGCAUCGACCCUCACUGUGAUGUCUCAGAGGUGGUCAGAGAUGCUUACCAGAGUGCCAAGUUGGUGUGUGAUCAGUACUAUCUGAGCUCGCCAGACCUGAUGCUGCAAGAAAUGAAUGUCAACAACCGGAAACAACCUAUAAGCAUUGUCUAUGUGCCCUCCCAUCUCUACCACAUGUUGUUUGAGCUUUUCAAGAAUGCUAUGAGGGCCACAAUUGAGAACCAUGAAUCCAGCAACAGGCUACCACCCAUUCAAGUCAUGGUGGCRAUUGGAGGAGAGGACCUGUCAAUUAAGGUGAGUGACAGGGGUGGCGGAGUCCCUUUCAGGAAGAUUGAGAAUCUUUUCAGCUACAUGUACUCUACGGCCCCCACACCAGAGAGGGGUGAGCACUCGCAGACCCCAUUGGCUGGCUUUGGCUACGGCCUGCCCAUCUCCCGGCUCUACGCUCAGUACUUCCAGGGAGACCUGCAGCUCUACUCUAUGGAGGGUUACGGCACUGACGCUGUCAUCCACAUGAAGGCCUUGUCCACAGACUCUGUGGAGAGGCUCCCGGUGUACAACAAGACAGCUCUGCGGAAUUACAAGGUUAGCCAGGAGGCAGACGACUGGUGUGUGCCCAGCAGAGAACCCCUGGACCUGACCAUUUACAGGGUAGCCAAAUGAGGAUAAUGUCGACGCUACCCUGGUUAGAUUGAGGCUCUYUAUGCCAACCCCCGCCCCCAACAGCCAAGGCAGACAGCCACCUAACCCCACCCACAUAUGACUGGAUGUUGUUUUCCAUCCUGGUUUUGGCAUUGGCAUGUUUUCUUGUUGUCCUCACAGUGAUGCCCUUCAUGGUUUUCUUUUAGCUUAGAUUGGGGAUUUAUGGAAGUAUGGGGGGAGGGGGUUUGUGUAAUUGUACUCAAAAACAUAUAAUCUUUGUUCACCUCCAUGAGGGUUUUUAUGGGAGUGCCAGAUGUUGAUGAUGAUUUAAAAAAAUAGUCACACUAAUUAUUCUCCCAAACAUUUAAUGGGCAUACAAACACAGUUGCUUUACCCAUGAAAUGUUUGGGAGCAUAAGAAUGUGUGGCUUUCUUUUUCUAGUUUACUCUCCGUUAACAUGGUUAACUUCUAUAAAAACAUUUCUGGGUGUGCGUCAGCUUAUGCCUUUUACUAUCGCUCGAUGUUGAUAAAAUACACAUGGGAGGGUGUGCAGGGUAGUGAGGUCCCAAUGUCAUACUUCCUUUUGGGGGGAGAGAUGUGGCAGGGUGGGUCUGAAGACCCAGAUACUGUGCCCAGUAUGUUAUUGAGAUGGUGUAGCGUGGGCGAGUGAGAAUAUGUAACACCAGGGUAGCGUUCAGUAUGUUAUGGAACGUUCAGGUAGAAACGUUGUGUAGAACAGCCAAGCCUUUCUAUCAUGUCGACUAGGGAAUCUCUAUACAUAACAUUUUCUAUCUGCAACAUUCAGAAUGUUGCGUCCUUCUGAACCGGACCCAGGUUGAAAAGACAAUCCAAUGUGUUGGUUCUCCUCUCUGAGAGGAUCUUUAUGUACUGUAAACGGAAAUGAGAUGUUGAGGUGUGGUAGAAGUCCUUAGAUGAACCAGUACUGUAGAAUAACUGAAUGUCCUGGCGGGCAUUAGACCUCCCUCGCUCUAAUUCGCUGAKGGUCAGAAAAUGCCACCUUAGCCUUAACUGCGUCAGUCAAGUUUUCUUUACUUGAAACAUGUACAUUAUUAACAAUGUAGUAUUCAAUCUAUGAGAAGGCUGCUAAUGACUUACUAGUGCCAUUGCAUGGAGUCCCUUUAUUUGAUUCUAAAAUAAUAUUACGUACUGUUCUACCAUGUGUUUUGACGCCUUCAUGAGUAUUGGUCCUGAUGUCUAUAUAUUGAUAUCAUUUCAAGUACAUUUUCUCUUGCCAGUUCAAUGGACAGGAUUCAACUAACAAAAAUGAGUUGGUCUGUUCAGUGUUGUGACUUUCUGUAUUCKUGUGAACUCGAGCUGUAGAGCAAUACAUUGUGGAUUUUUAACCCAAGUUCAUUUGAAGUAAGACUGAUGUACUUUGUGAUAGGAAGCCAGUGUUCAUCUUUUACGCACCGGRGUUCUAUUGCCUGUGGCGAAGUUCAUCAGAAGCUAGUUAAAACACGUCCCAAAGUACAUGGUUCUUAUUGUCUGUGACCCUUAAGGCUAGGCCAGUCACAUAGGAGUAUUUGAUGCUGUGUAUGUGAUGGGAAGAUGCUCCCAGCCUGUCCGCUUUUAUCAAUUCCCUUUUAUUUUGUAAUAAACUCUAUACAUUUCUUCAGUUAUUUUAAGUGUUUUUUUUUUUUUAUUAAAAUAUUUUCCUCAUUGA